AUGGCCCAGGGAACCAUGCGCUUCUGCUCUGAGGGAGACUGCGCCAUCUCACCCCCUCGAUGCCCUCGAAGAUGGCUUCCAGGGGGCCCUAUGCCUGAGAGCCCCCCAGGGGGUGGGAGGGCCCAACUGGGCAUGUAUGGCAGUAUGGGCUCCCUGGUUCGACGUGUGGUGGGGCCUGGUGGUGGGAGCAGGGAGCUAGGGCGGGUGACAGCACCCUGUACACCACUUCGGUGUACACCUGCUCCCCAGAGCCCUCCCUCACCUGCUGGGCCACCACAAAGCUCCGUGGUCAUCUUCCGCUUUGUGGAAAAGGCCAAUGUGAGGACAGUGAAUGGGGGCCUCAGUAGAAGCCUGGACCUUGGGUGUCCCUCUCCUGGUACCUCAUCCCCACCCCAGCGACUUGCCCCUACCCUAGCCCCUAGUUCUGGUUCUAGUUCUGGCUUGGGCCGGAAGCUCCGGCUGGAGGCUUCCACCUCAGACCCACUACCUGCCGGGGGGAAUUCAGUUCUCCUCACUGCCCGAUGCUGUCCCCUGCCUGGGUCCCCAGGCCAGCCAUCCACAGGUGGAGAUAGCCUCUAUUCCUCCCUCCCAAAUGGUCUGGGUGGGCCUCCGGAGGACCUGACCACUCUACUCCGAGGGACCUCAGGCAUUAACUGCCAGAACCAGGGGGAAUGCUGCUCAUCUCCCCGGGAAGUGUCUGCUCAUGCCCAGCGGAUUGCCCGAGCCAAGUGGGAGUUCUUCUUUGGCUCUCUGGACCCCCCCAGCUCAGGUUCCCAACCUCAGGACCGAGAGUGGGAACAAGUAUCAGCUAGAGUCUCCAAGGAGGGGCUGGGGCAUAGCUCACAGGUGACCACGGGACGGGUGACUAAAUAUUCAGAAACUGACCUGGACGCAGUGCCCCUUCGGUGCUACCGGGAGACGGAUAUAGAUGAGGUUCUGGCGGAGCGAGAAGAGGCUGACUCAGCCAUUGAGAGCCAACCCAGCUCAGAGCCUCUGGGUACAGCCAGAGUCCCCCAGCCUGCCCCUCGGCCAGUCCCCAGCCUGGACAGUGCCAGUGAGGAGGAAGAAGCUGAGGAGGAGGUGGACGACGAGGUGUUCGAGGCCUCAGAAGGGGCCCAGCCAGUGGCCACGAUGAGUCCCUGUGGGCCUCUCAAGUCCCCACUGCCUUUCCUGCCAGGCUCCAGCCCAUCUGCAGAUGGUCCAGACUCCUUCAGCUGCAUCUUUGAAGCCAUCCUAGAGUCACACAGGGCCAAAGGCACAUCCUACACCAGCCUGGCCUCCCUGGAGGCCCUAGCCUCACCAGGCCCCACCCAGAGUCCCUUUUUCACCUUUGAACUGCCCCCCAAUCAUCUGGUCCCCCAGCUUGAUCCCCAGCUGCCAGCCCCAUUAGCUCCACUGGAACCUGAUUCAGGGACCAGCUCAGCCGCUGAUGGGCCCUGGACAGAACGUGAGGAAGAGGAGGAACAGGCUAAAAGAGGGACCAAUUCAACUCAGGACAGGGCUCCACCUAGCCCUUGUCACUCUGAAGACAGCUUUGGUUUAGGACCUCUGCCUGUGGGCAGUGACCCCCCUCUGAGCCAGUUGGUGUCGGAUUCUGACUCGGAGUUGGACAGCACAGAGCAGCUGGCCCUGGGUAGCACUGAUACCCUGUCCAAUGGGCAAAAGGCUGACCUGGAAGCUGCCCAGAGGCUAGCCAAGCGUCUCUACAACCUGGACGGCUUUAAGAAGGCUGAUGUGGCCCGGCAUUUGGGGAAGAAUAAUGACUUCAGUAAGCUGGUGGCUGGAGAGUACCUCAAAUUCUUUGUCUUCACCGGAAUGAGUCUGGAUCAGGCACUCAGGGUGUUUCUGAAGGAGCUGGCUCUGAUGGGGGAAACCCAGGAACGGGAGAGAGUCCUGGCUCAUUUCUCCCAGCGCUACCAUCAAUGUAACCCUGGGGCCCUGUCUUCUGAGGAUGGAGCCCACACUCUAACCUGCGCUCUCAUGCUGCUGAACACGGAUCUUCAUGGCCAUAACAUUGGGAAGCGAAUGACAUGUGGGGACUUCAUUGGGAACCUAGAGGGCCUCAACCAGGGGGGUGACUUCCCGAGGGAGUUGCUCAAGGCUCUGUACAGUUCCAUCAAGAGUGAGAAGCUUCAGUGGGCCAUUGAUGAAGAGGAACUCCGCCGCUCCCUGUCUGAACUGGCUGACCCAAACCCCAAGGUCAUCAAGAGGGUCAGUGGUGGCAGUGGUGGUGGCUCCAGCCCUUUCCUGGACCUGUCCCCAGAGCCUGGUGCUGCCAUUUACAAACAUGGCCCCUUGGUGCGCAAGGUGCACGCGGACCCUGACUGCAGGAAAACACCCCGGGGGAAGCGUGGCUGGAAGGCUUUCCAUGGCAUUCUGAAGGGGAUGAUCCUCUACCUACAGAAGGAGGAGUACCAGCCAGGCACGGCUCUGGUGGAGGAAGAACUGAAGAACGCCAUCAGCAUCCACCAUGCCCUGGCUACCCGAGCCAGUGACUACAGCAAGAGACCCCACGUAUUCUACCUGCGCACAGCAGACUGGAGGGUUUUCCUUUUCCAGGCACAGAGCUUGGAGCAGAUGCACUCCUGGAUCACCCGCAUCAAUGUGGUGGCGGCCAUGUUCUCUGCCCCCCCCUUUCCAGCUGCCAUCAGCUCUCAGAAGAAAUUCAGUCGCCCUCUGCUGCCCAGUUCUGCCACCCGCCUCUCCCAGGAGGAGCAGGUGAGGACACAUGAAGCCAAACUGAGAGCCAUGGUAUCUGAGCUUCGGGAGCACAAGGCCCACCAACAGCAGCCAGACAGGAAAGGGAAGAGCAAGGAGGCUGAGGAACAGCGGCAGAAGGAAGCUUACCUGGAAUUUGAGAAAUCUCGCUAUGGCACCUAUGCAGCACUGCUUCGGGCCAAGCUGAAGGCAGGCAGUGAGGAGCUGGAGGCUGUGGAGGCUGUGCUGUGCCAGGCUGUGCCAGGGGUCAUUGAGGAUGGGCUCCCUGAAUCCUGCUCCAGUCCCACUCUGCAGCCCGAGCCACCUCCACACACCAGGCUGCACCGCUCUGGUCCUGAACCCCGGGUAGGGGGCAGUGGGCGGCAGAAACCCUGACCCGUGGGUAGGGGCCAGGAGGGAGGGGACAGCAACCGCCAGCCGGCCACCUGCAUGACCUCUGACCCUGCCCCAGCCAGGGCCUGACUGCGCCGGACGCGGGGCCCCGAAGGCACCGUGGACACUGCCCAAGCUAAGCCCCAGGGGCUGGGGCCAUCCACCAGGCUCCCCAUUUUGUGAUACCAUUUUGCACUUUUUCUUAUUCAAUGGUGGGAGGGUUGAGGGAGGGACCUUUCAAUGACAUUUUUGGGGGGGAGGGCACAUGCUGGGGGGCCCCACUUUCCUGCUUUCUAUUUGGGCCUCCUGGACCCCUCUCCCAGACACCAGCAAUCCCCCCUGUCUCGGGCCUUGUCCUGGGGGGAUGGUGGGCAUCCCCAGGGGUAUGAGAGGCCUGAGUCUCUCAGGCUUUCCUCUCUGGGCCCUCAGCUGUAGGCCGAGCUGGUUUUCUCUCCUCUCCCCUCCUUUUCUCCUCUCUUUUUCUCUCUCUCCUCUCUUUCUCUCUCUCCCUCUCUCCUCUCUCUUCUCUCUCUCUCCCCCCUCCCUCCCUCUCUCCUUCUCUCUCUCUCUCUCUUACCCACAAGGGCUUUCUCUCACCCUAGAGCUGGAGUGGGGUGGGGUGGACACAGGGCCCCCAGAUAAUGCAGUUUCUGGCAGGGCCUCAAUGCCCCCUGUACAUAAGACCUGUGGCAGGGGUGCUGGGGGAGGGGCAGUGACCCAAAAGCCCUUCUUCUGGUACCUUUGCCCCUCCCAACCCCACCUUCUGUAUAGUCCCUGACACAAUUAAAACCUGCUCUGGAGCCCCCGGCUA